AUGCCAGACGGCGACGUCGACGGCGUCGCCAAACGCGAGGCGCGCCCCGACUUCAAGAAACUCGAGGCCUCGCGCCCCCCGUGGGACCCGUCGUCGCACUUCCGCCUCCACAGAGCCCCGCAGCCGGCGUGGAAGUUUGGCGACGGCGCCAACGAGCUGUACACGUCCGCCGACGCCUCCCAGAAGCACGUCGUCGUCGACCCCUACGAGCCCGGGCGGCCGGCCACCUUCAACUACAAGCUGCUCAUCUCGGCCGUCACGCCGCGUCCCAUCGCCUUUGUCAGCACGCGCAGCCUCGACGGCGAGACGACCAACCUCGCGCCCUUCAGCUACUUCAACCUCGUCAACCACGACCCGCCCCUCUUCGUCGUCGGCUUCUCCUGCGGCCUCGCCGACGCCAAGGACACGCUGCGCAACGUUCGCGACACGGGCGAGGCCGUCAUCAACAUCGUCAGCGAGACCUUCCUCGAGGCCGCCAACUCGACCAGCAUCGACGCCCCCUACGGCGCCUCCGAGUGGUCCGUCAGCGGCCUCACGCCCCUGCACGACUGCCAGACGGUCCGGUGCGCGCGCGUCAAGGAGGCCGUCUUCAGCGUCGAGGCCAAGCUCGACCUGCUGAGGGAGUACGAGAGCCGGGCGGCCGAGGGCAAGAAGUCGGGCACCGUCGCCAUCUUCGAAGGCACACGCAUGUGGGUGCGGGAGGAUGCGUUGAACCAAGACAAGAACCUCGUUGAUCCUACCCGUCUCCAACCCGUCAGUCGCCUCGGCGGCAUCACCUACGGCAGAACGACAGAGGCCGUCGAGAUCCCGAGGCCCAAGUUCGACGGGGACCUCGGCGGCGAGCAGGGCUUCGGACGACUUAGAAAGGCACAGCAGUCGUUGCAUGCCGCCCCUGCGUCUCCUGCGAUGGAAUAG